ACAAAGUUCAGCCAUCAAGAGUCUUCCCAGAUGGACACAGUCUUCUGAUUUUCUUCGUUCUGCACUUUUGCUGACAAAGGAUUUACAAGAUGUCUUCAGAUCACGUUAACGGGAACGAUACAGACUACGAUUCUAUCAUUCUGGAACUUCAAAGCACAGACAAUACAAGCAGUAAGCAGUACAAACAUGAGAUCAGGAUGACCUACUUCAGUACAUAUUGCAUUGUUCUCAUCCUGGGUGUCACCUUCAACUUCACUGUCAUUGUCAUCAGCUGCCGGACAUACAAGCGUUUUCAGGAGGUUGCCAUUUGGAUUAUGGCGCUGGCUGCAACACAUUUAGUCUCCUGUACAUCUGUUGUGUUUCAGCUCCUGUAUGCUUACAAUUACUUUGUAUGGAAUUACGGCGCUGCAAGUUGCAAGCUGUCAUCCUAUAUCACCUACGGCAGUAUGUACUUCACGGCAACCAUGCUGAGUCUCUGGAGCAUCAAAUCUGUUUUUUUAAAGAGCGCAUGCACAAAAAAAUGCAUGAAUUGUAACAUCAUUCUUAUUUCAUUCGCCUGGACCAUUGCAGCAGUCUUGGCAUGUCCUUCGCUGUUUUCCAGAGAGGUUCGAUAUCUUCAGUGCAUUGAUGACUAUGACUUUGACAAAUCCAAAACAACUCAAGACGGCAUUGCAAGGCUGAAGGCUGUCGUUGUCAUGCGAUUUCUCCUCGGGCUGUUGGUGCCAGCUUUGAUAAUGUUUCUCAGCUGCUGUGUGGCAUCAUCUCGCAAAACUUGUAUACAAUGCAAGAAGCAGGCACAGAUCAUCUGUGCUCUAAAGAUUAUGUACUUUGUGUGCUGGGGCCCUCAAAUCUUCUUAACUAUGCUUCAAGCCACUGUAAGCGGCAGCCUGGGUACAGUUAUGUCAAAAUAUGGACUUCCAGCAGCUACCGUACUGGCCACAACCCACCUCUUUACCAGCCCACUCAUCUAUCUGUUACUGGGACGCAGUUUUAAAAUGAAGUGGAUGGGGCAUGACCCAGAUCAUCGUUAUCAGAAUGAUGAGAGGGAAAUGAUGCCCUUAGGCAUCUUGAAGAAGUAGAAAAAUAUAGUGUACCACAUACAAGCAAGGAAUGUGAACUGUACUGACUGUCUAUAAAAAAACAGGUUGUAUACUGAAACUGAAAAGUGGCCUGUUUCUUUUAACUUUUAUCCAAACUCUGAAAUGUCAAGAUUCUUCUGGAAAUUAGCCCUGUAUGUUCCAAUUUCCUACUUUGCUUUAACUUAAUUUGUUGAAGAACAACAUCAUAAGUAGGCUAUACACUUACUUACAUGACAUGACCAUUCUCUUAUUGGUCUCAGUGGCAUAGCGUCCGGGUAUGCAUAUGCAUAUGGGCCCGGGCGGAUUAGGGCCGCGCUAUUACGGGCAAAGUAUACUUCUGGCGUCCGCGCACUGUCCGCAUCGCGUAAUUUUCGUCAUCAGGACGGUUCGCGGACGUCCGCGUGCAGUACAAAUUUUUGUGAUGGCACGGACAGUGUGUGUACUGUACAACAGCCCGUGCGAGAGUGAAUUGAGUGCUUUAAAACAAAUGUUCCCUAGAUAGCGCGCAGUGCACACGCCAAACGCGUCUUUCCGCAGCCAAAUAGUUUCAAAGGCUCGCACGCGCGUCUGUGCGCGAGACAGAACCCGUGUAGGCCUAGAUAUGUUCAGAAAUAGUUAUAGAAAUAAUGUUAUCAAUAGCUUGCUAUAUAGCCUAUCUAUGUUAAAUGUCCUAAAAGUCAUAAAAGAAGCUGAAUAAAUGGACCAAAAUAUGUGUCUUAGCGAUGAUUUUUGUAGUUAACUGUAAUUUUUAAAGUGGUUUUUUUUUAAACUUAUGCAUGCAUUAAUGUAGCCUAAGUAUAGGCCUACAGAAUUUUAAAUGAGUCAUAUGGGUUUUCUGAAAAAAAAAAAAAUAAUAAAAUAAUAAAAAACGGCUACGUCUGCACAUUUAAGAUAAAAUAAAUGUAACUCGUACAAUCGCUGGGAUACUUUUUAUUCAACGAAAUAAAAUGCACAUAAAACGUGAUGGAAACAUAUAUAGAUAAGACACUUCUAGUACAUUUAUUAAGAAUAAAUUCGGACUCAUCGCAUCUGAAAUGAUGCAAUGAUCACUCUGAAAUUCCAAAGCCAGAAUCGAAUCGGUCGACUUCAAACUUGGACUGUGUUGAAAAUCUAUUUUUUGACAUUUUUGAAAUAGAUCCGCAAUGCAAAGUCGUAAUGAUGGAGGAGUGCAUAUAGUAUACUGUAGUGCUGUUGUUGUCAUUCCUAGAAAUGUUUUUACCAUUUUUGUCUGCAUGUUUUAACGUGAUAAUAUCUUAUUCUUAAAGUCCUGUGAUUCAUCCGCUUAAGAUGCACAACCACCAAUAUAUAUUUCCUAUUGUAGGCUAUUAUUAAAUAAGGCUUAUAGCAACUUUUUUUUAAAAGUUUUUUAUAUUGAUUCUGUAUCAAAAUAUUGUUGCUGUGUUGUCACAAUACAUUGUUUCUUUUACAUAUAAAAUUUUCAAUGUAUAAACAUUGUAUGUCAAAAUGUACUUAUGGAUGUAAUUAAUAUAAUACAAAUGGAUAUAUUAUGUUUUUUUUUUUUCGAAUACAAAAAAGAAUAUACACUGGUCCACCGUAAUAAUGAGAAAAUUGGGCUUCAUUUAUGAAACAUUAUGAAACAAGAGUAGAUUAAUAAGAUUACAUGAAUGAGGUCUAUACAAGAAGCAGUGAGAGCAACUGACACCAUGCAUAGGCUCUAAACAUGCAUGGAAAACAAAAUGUUUUAUACACUGUUAGACCUUGCCGGGCUUUUUUACAGUAAAAUACUGGCAACACUGUUGCCAGUAAUUUACUGUUGAUUGUACAGUUAUUUACUGUAAUCUACAGUAUGUUACUGUAAAGAUACCAUGCACUAAAUUAAAACUUGUGUUACCUCAUUUCAUUUGCAGAAACCAGCUGUCUCAAAUUGUCAGUGACAUUUAAAUUUACAAACUAAUUUUUGAUUACAUGCUAAUAAUAUGAGUAUAUCUAUCACAUUACUAUGAACUUAUUUUUUUAGAGUUCAAUACAAACAUUUUAAACAAAAAGAUUUUCACUGCACCAGCAACUACACAGUCACCAUCUGUUAAAUAAAACAACAUGCAGCAUAUCA